AUGCUGACCAACGCUGCUGACUACUGCCUCAUCUUCCCAACACUAGACAUGGCUACAUCACCGAAUAAACGUCGACGAGUGCGUCAACUUGUACUUGAAGCUGCUAAGACUCGAGCCAAUGAGGUCUUGACGUUAAAGGAUAAUGUGUGUAAUCAAGAAUUGCUUGCACCAUUUAGUCCAUCGCCAAUUGCGGUGAUUGACGCCGUGUGGACAAAGCUUGAGGCUGCUCAAGCUGCAUUAUCGUCGGAUGAUCUUUUGAUGGAUUUGGGCUGUGGAGACGGACGUUGGUUAAUUUCAGCAGUCAAGCGAUUCGGUUGCAAUGCAAUGGGUGUAGAAUUGAAUGAUAAGUUGGUCAAAAAAGCGCAGGAACAAGUGCAGAUGGAAAAUUUGCAAGCCCAGAUUCAGGUGGUGCUGGGAGACGUGAUGCUCAUGGAUAUCUCAAACGCAAAGCUGGUUAUUGUAUACGCGUUCGCCAAGUCGCUAACAAACAUUGCAGAAAGAUUGAAGAACCAAUUGAAAGAGGAUGCAAAAGUGCUGUCGAUUGGGUUCCGAAUUCCAACGUGGAAACCGCAUUGGAGUGAGUGUGAAGGAGGAUUACGCUGGUACAUCUACUAUCUAAGUGACUGUAUUCAAAGCAGAAGUGGGAGUGUUUGA